UAACUCUCUCUCUCUCUCUCUUUCUCAUACACACAUAAACUCUCUCCCUCUCACCCACAUACACAUAAAGCAUCACAAAGUUGGUUUUCUUUUUUUCAUUUUGACCAAAGUUGUCACACAUCCUCUCCUCCUUUUGAUAUCUCUCUCUCUCUCUCUCUCUAGAUUAUAUAUAAUAUCAAGAAAAUUAAUAAACAUGGUUGUUAAUGAUCAGAAUGAAGAAGAUGAUUUGGAAACCGAAAAGAAGAACAAGUUGGCCAUUGUUCCAACCACACUUGCCACCAUUGAAUCCUUAACCUUCCCUCUUGUUCAAGAAGUUGUUGUUUCAGCUGAUAUUAGAUGCAAAAAUUGUCAAGAUAGAGUAGCUCACAUAGUCUCCAGAUUAAAUGGCGAAGCGGAGUCUAUGGAGAUUAGCUUGAAGGAAAAGAAGGUAAUCCUUACAAUGACCCGUAGACAUCCAAAAGCGGCCAAAGUGCCUGAAAACGAACGUCGACGUGCAACAAUCUACAAAAACCGAGCUAACAAAUCUUCUUUGGUUAAAAGGAUUUUUCACUCGUCUUCUGGUUGAUUUCUUCGGUGGAUGGAUUACAAUACAUAAAUAGAAAUGGUUGUUAUAUAACAUAAAUCAAUGAUAUGUAAAUGUUUGAGUUAUCAUGUAGGUUAUAUAGUUCCCUUAUUGAUUAUUUUUUUAUUU